UGGAAGCCUGAGUACGUUUGGAUAGUUGGACUGAAAACUUCUAAGUAUCGCACAAUAAUGGCCCUGUGUGAAAAUUUAACCACAAAAUCUGAUCAAGAAUUGACGGGUCAAGAAAUCAAAAUGAUUUUCUCAUCUAAAUAUCCUUACCUCAGAAGCUCCGACGACUUCUAUUUUAUGGUGAAUGGUAAGCUUUUAUACGAUGACUCAGUAUUUGCUGACAGAGAGCUCAUAGUGCGAAUGGUGCCCAAACUUUGCGGUGGGAAAGGUGGUUUUGGAUCAAUGCUACGUGCCAUUGGUGCUCAAAUCGAAAAAACUACAAACCGAGAAGCUUGUAGAGAUCUUAGUGGAAGGCGAUUGCGAGAUAUUAAUGAAGAACAACGAUUAAAGAACUGGAUAGCCCAGCAGGCAGACCGAGAGAGAGAAGCCGAAGAACGCAAGAAGAAGAAGUUGGAGAAGUUGCUAAAGGAGCCCAAACAUGAAUUCAAGGACGAAAAAUAUACAGAAGAAAGACUAAAACUAGCUGAAACAAUCACUGACUCCGUUGAGCAAGGUUUCAAGGCAGCACCGCAAGAGCUGAAACGCAAGUCGGAAUACGGAGAGAAAGGUAAGAAGAAGAAGAAGAAAGUGAAAGGUAUGUUGGAUGAUCUGGGAGAUAUCAGCUCUGAUGAUAGUGACAAUGAACCUCGUCCCUCCACUAGUUUAGAAGUUGCUAAGUAAUUUUAUAUUCCUGUUGUAUACUGUUGAACCCUUACAAAGUACCAUUCCAAGAGUGAAAGCCAGCUCAUGUUGAACAAUUGCCAUUUGUAUGAGAUCGAUGCCGAGUAAAGAUGCUGCAGUGUUCGGAUGAGUUCUAUUGUGGGUCUGAGGGGAAGAUUUUAAACCUUAUCUCCUAGCAAUUUCAAUCACUCUGCUUCACAUCACUAUCCGUCAUUGUACAUACUUAUUCAAAGCUUCAGUUAUAAAUUCACUUCCAUAAUUACUCGGUAGUUCUGCAGUCUCAUUCUUGCCACCAGUUCGUGCUUACCGUUACGUUUUCUUUUUUUGGAAUUCAUAUUAAACUUCUUAAAAUUGAAACCUGUCCGAUUAUUUCAGCAGAUGUUUUAAAGUGGCAUGUAACCUGUGGGUGACAAAAUUUAAAAAAUCAACCGGUUGUUUUCGCAAAAACUUCUAACCUGAUUUCAACUUUCUGUUCAGCAUAACUGAAUGUGCUCAUGUGAAGUGCUCACUAAUACUUCUAUUUUGAAACUUAAAUCAGCUCAAUGAGUAAGAACCCAGGGUUGCCCAAAACAUUGUUUUUUCCCAGGAAAAAAAACCUGAUAUCGUUCUUGAAAGUUGCCUUAAAUCAUCUGAGAUAAAAAUCUACAUUAGGUACUAAUAAGAGCCCCAAAACCCGUGAUGUCAGAUAGUACUUCUUAGGUAGAUUUUUUCCUUUGAUUUAUGAAAGUCUCAAGUAUGUAUAAAUCGAAAA